CUACUACGUAUUUCCGGUUUCACAGAAGCCUCCUAACUUUUAGCUACGUGUCAAGCCUUUUUACUUCUCUCGUACUUUCAAACAACAUUUAUUUUCCUUAUAUUUUUUUUCAAUUGUUUGCUUAUCCAUUCGAAGAGUAGAGAGCUUUUACUGUCUUCAUGCUAAAUGUCGAAGUUUUAGGAUAAGGGAAGACAGAAUACGGCGUUUACUAGAAGGCACUGGAGUUUGUAAUGUUUUACCCGCUCUUUGACUGACAGUGAGAACUACAAUGUGGACAGAAAAGCAAAGAGGAAUCCGAGUGACCCAGGAGGAACUUCUCUGCAAAAAUGCCUGUGGUUUCUAUGGAAAUCCUGCAUGGCAAGGCUUCUGCUCCAAGUGCUGGAGAGAUGGAUCUCGCUCUGCCAGCACCCCAAGGCAAGACCCAAGACCAAGAAACGAUGAAGCCUCCCCCACAUUCUCUAAAUUUGAGGAGAAGAAGAACUUUGAAAAAAGCCGUCGCAUUAACACAGUGAGGAGACUCUUCUGGGGCAGUUUGUCUCCUCCCAGACCUCAAGAGUCCUCAGAAAGUCAUGCAAAGAUGUUACAAGCCUACCAGAGCCUUGAACCUGGUGACUUCCCUGGUUUCCUAAAGAUCCUGCGGAGCCCGCCGUCACAGCGUCUGCAGUCCCGCUGCACAGCUUUCCUGAACACAAUGAAGGCUUGCCAUGAUCUGCCGGUACAGAAACAGUCGGACCACGUGCAAGACUUCUACCAAUCUUUUUCUGAGCAUUUUAGAAGUUUUCCUGAAGCUCAGGUCACUGAGAUAAUGGAGCAUGUAGAGAAGCUGAUAAUGACACGACUGCACAAAUGGGUGUUCUGCCACGACAGCUGUGAUGAUGAACAGAAGGACCUGGCUCUCCAAAGACGGAUACGCUCCUUAAACUGGGUCACUGCACAAAUGUUGAGUGUUCCUUUUCCAAGUGAGAAGAUUCCAGUCACAGGAGACCCCUUUUUGAGUGCAAUAACAGCCAUAAUUGAAAUGGAUGCCAAAAGAGCCCCGCAGGACAAACUUGCAUGCGUGUCCAAAUGCUGUCAGCACAUUUUCGAGGCGCUCGCUGUGUCCAGCAGUGAGCCCGCCAAUGCCGAUGACUUCUUGUCCGGCCUGGUUUACGUUGUGCUCAAGGCCAACCCGCCCCGCCUGCACUCCAACAUGCAGUACAUGAUUCGCUUUGGGCUCCCUCACAGUCUCAUGGCAGGAGAGACCGGCUACUACUUCACCAACCUGUCAUGUGCGGUUGCCUUCAUUGAGAAGCUGGAUGGACCAGCUCUCAACCUGAGCCCUGAAGAUUUUGAGAGCUACAUGAGGGGUCAGCGUGCGCCCUCCGUAGCAGCAAAGAGGCAUCAAGUGGCCAGAGACACGCAGCGUCUGUUGGAAGAGCUGCAAGGCAGACACGAGAAACUUCACCAGGGAGUGGAUGAUCUCGGCAUGCAGCUCCAGAACUGGGUUCAAGAUGUUCACUCUCAGAUUGAUGAAGCAACUGCCCAGUUUACCAAAGCUGAGGAGGAGAUAACCGCACAAGCCGAGGUCGGUCAGCUGGCUUCAGUAUCAGAUCAGGGUCAACACAGAGAAGGUGAUAAUGAAGAAAACUCGGCGUCUAUCCUUUGUGAUCCUCAUGCAUCUCCAGAAGAUUAAAGACUCAUCGCUGUCUUACCAGAAUCUCCUCAAAUGGCACAAAAACCAGCAACGUAACUAAGCUUUCAGGAGAAACAUUAUUUAUCUUCUACAUUUGCACAAGUUCUAACUCAAGAAGGUGCUUUUAAAGCCACCUGACAUUUCACUGUGUUAUUUCUGGACAUAUUUAGACUUUUAUUAACUUUAACAUUAAUUUGCACUAAUGUUUUAAUAUGAAGGCGGUGAAAUCUUGUCAGUCUAGUAUCAUUAGUAACAUGAAAUGAAGUUACAUUGAACACUCAGGGAAGGUUAAUGGGGGGGGUAAGGGUGCCUACUUCAUGAUGUAUUUUUUGUGUUCACUGAAUACACUCUAAUGUUGGAAAAUAACAGAUUAAAAUGUGAAAUUAUUUUUUUGAUCA